GUGACCUAUAUCGGCAUCAAUAUAUACUGUGUGUGGCUAACUGUGGCGUGAUCCUAUGUUUGCUAACUCACUUAAGAGCACAGGUAGACUAGGAGUGAUAUUUGGACAACUCAAAGCAGGUGCUACCCUGUCCUUGGUGUCAUCCAGAUCUUACCACUCCAAGUCUCUCCAAGUGACACAAGCAGACAUGAAGGUUCUCCUGGUCCCCGCGCUCUCGGACAACUACAUGUAUCUCCUGGUGGACGAGGUGACACAGGAAUGUGCUGCUGUGGACCCUGUAGAACCUAAGAAGAUACUAGAAGCUGUAAAUAAAGCUGGUGUCAAGCUGACCUCUGUUCUGACCACACACCACCACUGGGAUCAUGCAGGGGGAAAUGAGGAGCUGGUGAAGAUAGCCAGUGGUAAGCUAACAGUAUAUGGAGGAGACAGCAGGAUAGGGGCACUGACCAAUAAAGUCACGCAUGGAGACAAGUUUCAGAUAGGAAACCUGAAUGUGGAAUGUCUCUUCACUCCAUGUCACACCUCUGGACACAUCUGCUAUUUUGUCACAGGACCCAGUGGGACUGAGCCUGCUGUCUUCACAGGUGACACCCUGUUUGUAGCUGGCUGUGGUAAAUUUUUUGAAGGGACUGCCAAGGAAAUGCACCAUGCUUUGGUGGAAACACUGGCAAAGCUGCCCCAUGAAACAAAAGUCUACUGUGGCCACGAGUACACUGUCAGCAACUUGAAGUUUGCCCUGCAUGUGGAACCCAACAGUGAAGCAGUGAACUCUAAAAUGGCCUGGGCACAGAGCCAAAGGAGCAAAAAUGAACCCACAGUUCCAUCAACAAUUGCAGAAGAACUCCAGUAUAAUCCAUUCAUGAGAGUAACGGAGUCAAGUGUACAGCAGCAUGCUAAGAAGUCAGACUCUGUGGAAGUGAUGGGGUUUCUUAGACGUGAGAAAGACAACUUCAAAGGAAAGUGACCUGGAUGGCAGCCAUCAAUGCAGUCACUGCCUUCAGCUUUCAGGAGGCUACUUCUGUGGAGAGAGAGAGAGAAAGGGAGAGAGAGAGGUGGAGAGGGAGUGGGCAUGAGAGUCUGGCAUUUUGUGGCAGUCCUCUUCUACUAAGCCAAAUUAUGGAUAUUGUGUAACCCUAUUUGCUUAGAAUUGUUCUUCUAAUUAAACUCUAAUGAACCACAGUUUGAAGAUAUUAGUACAAGUGAAAAGAGAGAGAUAUAGGGAGUUGGCAGGUUCUACUGACUUAAACUAAUAAUAUCACCUUUGACAUUAGUUAAGAGAUCUGUGAUAAAUAACCUUAAAUGAGGACGUUUGUAACUAGGAAUUCUUAAAUACAAGGUGACUUUUGAUUUCCAGAUAUUUAUAGUUUUAUAAGUAAGUCACUCAUGCAGUCAUAACCCUUUGGGUUUUACUCAUCAAGUUUACACCUAAGUGGACUUUAAAGUAUUUCUUUAAAUUUAGACGUCUGCAAGAAAAAUAUAAGAGUAAUGGGCAAGGUGAUUUAUGUAUUUGUCUUAUUUAAUCCAGAUAUAAACAAACAUUGAUAUAAUUGGGUAAUCUUUUAUAUAUGGUAGUGGAAAAAAAGUUCCUAUUCAUCUCCUAAAUCUUAUCUCAGCAAGCAAAAAUUUGAUUACUUUAAGGUACAGUCCAUUAGAUUUACCCGCCAAAUUAAUUUUCCCUGGUAAAAGAGCUAUUUUCUCAUACUCACAGCACAUUUAUCUAACCCCUCUCUGCACUUGGAUUUUACUUUUUAUAAAAUUUAUGUAGGCUGAUUUUAGCGAAAAUGACUGGCCAGUCAUACUAACAGCAACCAUUUUCCUAUUAGCUCCAGUGGAAAUAUCAACAUCAGGUAGGCUCCAGAAUAUAAAAAUAAAUAAAUAAAUAAUUUGAGGGGUUAAAUCAUUUUUAAACUGUAUGUAAGGUUUUAUGAGAAGCUGCAGAUGGCAAAGAUAAUUAUAUAAUAUAAGCAUUUUGGGGAUUUUCAAACCCAUGGUGUGUACCUUUAACUGGGAUAGUUGUACUAGGGUUCAGGAUGGUUCUAGAAUACAACCACACCAUAUCAUUGUUAGCCUUUGCUUGUUUGUACAACUAUAUAGUAUUGGCUUUCAGAUUACGUACUGCUAUAAGUUAUGUACAGAGAAUAUUUCUACAAGAUCUUGUAGGCAGCGGGAAAAACCAUAUAUAGCUAUGGUGAAUGAUUUCAAUUUCAUUAUAUAACUGGAUAUAUUAAAUGGAUAUCUUAUUUAUUAGGAAUACUGUAUUGCUUGAGAUUCAUUUUGUUGAAAUAAAUGUUAUCUGAAUAUUG